ACGCCAUUACAGGGUGACAGAUCUCUACAAAAAAACACGUCCGAAGGACUGAAAUCUAAAACUCAAAGGGACACAGAUUAGGUGAGUCUUGCUGUUAAAGGAGAAUCUACAUAUCAGAGCAAAUGGCUGAGAAAACAGCUCUUUUUGAAAGUUUCCUGAGCUGCCAUGUGUGUUCAGAGACUUUCAGAGAUCCUGUGUCUCUGAGCUGCAACCACAACUUCUGUUCAAGCUGCCUGAAACAAUUCUGGGAAAAAGCUAAAAACAAAAAUUGUCCCAUUUGUAAAAGAAAAUCCUCAAAAGAAGAUCCUGAAGUGAACUUUGCACUGAAGGAACUGGCUGACUCCUUUGAAGGAAGACAAAAAGCUGGAUCAUCUGAGACAGAAAAAGAAACAGAGAAAGAGGAGGUGGUGUGUGUUAAACAUCAAGAUGUCCCUUAUUGGUUCUGUAAGGAUGAAGACAGAGCUGUCUGUCCUGUCUGUGAGUUUUCUCUCCACCAGAGUCACAAGGUGGUUCCUGUAGAACAAGCAGUCAGUGAGCUGAAGGACGAGCUGAAAUCUGACUUAAAGUCUCUGCAGGACAAGAGGGACGAAUAUGAACAAGUGCAGGAGACAUACAGAGAAGUGAGUCAACACUCCAAGAAGCAGCUGUUGUCCACAGAGAGACAGAUCAGAGCAGAGUUCAACAAGCUCCACCAGCUCCUGAAAGAGGAAGAGGAGUCCAGACUGGCAGCUCUGAGGGAGGAAGAGGAGCAGAAGAGGAGGACUCUGAGCAGAGAGAUGAGGAUGAUUGAGGAGCAGAUCUCCUCUCUGUCAGACAGUAUCUGUGCUGUUGAAGAAGAGCUGCAGAAACACAACGUGGCGUUCCUCAGCAGCUAUAAAGACACUCAGAGCAGAGCCAGAGUCCAGAGCUCACUGUCAGAUCCACAGCUGCUCUCAGGAGCGCUGAUAGAUGUGGCCAAACACCUGGGCAACCUGUCCUUCAGGGUCUGGGACAAGAUGAGGGACAAGGUCCACUUCAGUCCUGUCAUUCUGGACCCAAACACUGCACACAGCUGGCUCUAUCUGUCUGAUGAUCUGACCAGUGUGAGACGUGGAGACACAGGCCAGCAGCUUCCUGAUAAUCCAGAGAGACACACUAAC